AUGAAUGAUCAAGAGAGUGUGGCUGAGUAUUUCACUCAGAUUCUGACCCUUAGAAAUCAAAUGAAGAAUUAUGACGAGAAGCUCGAAGAUGUGAUGGUCAUUGGCAAGAUCAUGAGAACCUUAACUCCAAGGUUUGAUUAUAUAGUGGUUGCAAUAGAACAAGGCACAGAUCUUGAAGGGAUGAAGGUGGAAGAGCCGACAGGGAUACUUGAGGCACAAGAGUUGAGGCUCAAUGAAAGAAACUCAUUGAGAUCCUCUGAUCAAGCCCUUCAAGCUCAGACAUGUAAAGGAAAUUCUAAUAAUGGUGGCAAGAACAAGAAAGGAAAGGAAAAUGGAAGAACAAAGGGAAGAACUCUGGUGAAGAUCCAAGCAAUUGGAACCAGAGUCAUAAUGAAGAAAACAACAAGAAGAAUGGGCAAGAAAGUGCCAAGAAAGGAAGAUGAAGCUCAAUUGGCAUAUGAUGAGGGUUCUGAUUCUGAUGAUAAUGUAUUGCUAAUGGUGACUACCAAUUCAGAAGAUGAUAAUUCUAAUCUCUGGUAUCUAGACACAGGAUGUUCCAAUCACAUGAUUGGCUAUAGAGAGUGGUUUGUGAAUCUUGAUGAAAAGGUGAAGAGCAAGACCAAAUUUGCUGACAAUACUGAACCAACUAGAAGGAAAUUGGAUGAUCGUGCUAUACAAAUGGUGCUUCUUGGAUAUUAUCCAACAAGUGCUUACAAGUUGUAUGAUCCAAAAAUGAGAAAGGUUGUCAUCAAUAGAGAUGUUGUAGUGGAUGAAACAAGAAACUCAACUGCUUUGCAUCCAUUGAUUUUGUGUCUCUAUGUGGAUGAUCUGUUAGUGACUGGUAGUAAUAAAGUAGAAAUAGUUGAGUUCAAGAAGAGGAUAAUGGAAGAAUUUGAAAUGACAUAUUUGAGGGUGUUAUCCUACUUCCAUGGGAUAAAGUUUGCGGCCACCAAGAAGGGAAUUUUCAUAGAUCAAAAGAAGUAUGCGACUGAUAUCUUGAAGAGAUUCAACAUGACUAAUUGUAAUCCAACCACUACUCCAGCUGAAACAGAUCUCAAACUUGAAAAGGAAGGAAGUGAGCAACUGGUUGAUGCUAUAUUGUAUAAACAGAUUGUAGGAUUAUUGAAAUGCCUAUGCAACUCUAAACCUGACUUGGCCUACAGUGUCGAUCUGAUAAGAAGAUUUAUGAAGGAGCCGAGAACACCUCAACUCUUGGCAACCAAAAGAAUUCGGAGGUAUGCCAAAGGAACAUUAGAUUAUAGCAUAUUGUUUCCUAACGAUAAAAUGAGUGUAGAAGCAGAAAUGUUUGGCUACUCAAACUCUGAUUGGUGUGGUGAUAAAUAUGAUCAAAAGAGCACAACAUGA